AUGGCCGUAGAUCCCCGCGCCCUCAUUCAAAAGGCCGAAAAAGCGCUCCAAGGAGCCUCGAGCGGCUUCAGUCUCUUUGGUGGUCGUACAGAGAAAUACGAGAAUGCCGCAGACCUCUUCACACAAGCCGCGAAUGCGUUCCGGGUCCAGAAGCUGAACAAAGAAGCCGGCCAAGCCUUUGAACGCGCCGCCGCCAUCCAAACAACGAACCUCAACGAGCCCGACGACGCCGCAAACACCCUCAACGAGGCCUUCAAGGUCUACCGCAAGUCCGACCCAGAGGAUGCCGUGCGGGUCCUCGCUUCUGCGAUUCAGCACUACGUGCUAAAGGGGAACCUGCGCCGCGCCGCGACACAGCAGCAGUACCUGGCCGAAGUGUACGAGAUUGAGCUCGGGGAUACGAAGAAGGCGCUAGAGGCGUAUGAGAAAACGGCGGAGUGGUUCGAGUCGGAUAAUGCGGAGGCUCUAGCGAACAAGCACUUCCUCAAGGCGGCCGACCUUGCUGCCAUCGAGGGCGACUAUUACAAGGCCAUCGAGCACUAUGAGCGCAUUUCCCGCACAUCGAUCAAUAACGGGUUGAUGAAGUGGUCCGUCAAGGAGUAUCUCUUGAAAGCCGGAAUUUGCCACCUGGCUACAAUGGACAUGGUCUCCGCCAACCGCGCCCUCGAAAGCUACCGCGAGAUCGACAACACAUUCGCCUCGACGCGAGAACACCAGCUGCUCGUCGACCUGGUGCAGACGAUUGAGGAGCGUGACCAGGAAGGGUUCGCCGAUAAGCUGUUCCAGUAUGAUCAGCUGAGCAAGCUGGAUAAGUGGAAGACGACUCUGUUGCUGAAGAUUAAGAAUGGGAUUGAGGGGCCGGAGGAGGAUGAUUUUGCUUAG